CCUGAGACCUUUGGAAAUAUUGAGGUGCCAUAGCAAAGGUGGGGAGGGGAGUGAGUGAGAGAGAGAGAGAACGAGCGAGCAAAGCUACUCCCCGCAGCAGCUGACUGGAACUGGAUAUAUAUAAAUACAUAUACAUACACACAUAUAAAUAUAUAUAGGUAGAGUUCGAGCUGAAGCUGAUGGCAGGGAGGAAAGGUUUCUGCUGUGCAUUUCUGGGAUAAGGAAUGAAAGAAGCGGCUGCGCUCCUGGGAAUGUGUCAUCUUGGAGGGGAGGGAGGAAGGGGGAAGGUAACUGGAAUGUGGAAGAAGAUGGGAGCCUAAGCCACUGCCGUGCAAAAGGGGAUACCAACUUGUAGAUUUGAAAUAUACCAGGCUGAUCUUGGCAAUGAGAUCAGAGCUGCAAGUGCAAUAGAUAGGGGGAGGAAAAGGGAGGCAGAGAUUGGAGAGCUCUCUCUGUGUGUUUCUCUCUCUCUCUCUCCCCCCAAGAAGAAAUAGAAGAAGUUUAUCCGUCUCGAUACUGCUGGAUCUUUAUUGCUGCUGGACAAAAGAUGGAGAGGAAGCCGAAAUGAAGAGGAAGGGAAGCCCCGUGCUUGUGAAAUUCAGCGUUAGGGAGGACAAAUCACGCCUCCCUGGAGAGCUGUUGUGCCCCAUCGGGGGAGUUUUAACGUCAGGAAGAUUUUGAGAAGUGGGGGCAAAGAGAAGAGGGAGUGUCAAAAACACCCACCCCACGUGUGUAAAAAAAAUGAAAUAAGGGAUGGAUUUAUUCUUGACAGCUGGUGGGAACCUUGAAUUUUCCUCCACUCUCCCCUACCCCAUUUCCAUUUAAUGUGAGAUUAUGAAAAUGCAGAGGAGUUGGAGGGAAGGCAAAAGGAUAUAACGUGGAGUUUGAAGAGAGGAGAAUGGUGAUGAUGCUGUGGAUGGCUGGCUUCUUGCUGAAAUCAAAAAUCCAAUUGCGCACUGGGUUGUGAUUGGAAAUCUAAUCAGAUCUUUGGAGGGGGGGAGAGAGAGAGAGACCAAAAGUUUAUUGUUUUAACAUUCUAAAUGUAAGAGGAGACUCUGGUGAAGGUGUGUGUGGAGGAAAAUAGGGAAAACAGAAGAAUGGGAACCCCCGAUCUAACGUGGAAACACAUGGACUGGAUAAUUGAUAGUGCAGCAAAGAAGGGGGAAGAAGAGAAUUGCCUGGCAAGACCUGGAUCUUAACAGUCACAACAAAAAAUGCAUUAAAAGCAAACGGCCUCACUUCAGAUAGAGGGUUGUUUAAAAUAUCCUCCAAAGGGAAAAAAAAAUAGUUGUCAAUGAAGAACAGAGGAGCCAGAAAGGCAAAAACCCUCAACGAAAGGAAACUAGGAAAAGGAUCCACACGGGAAUGAAAAGUUUCAGAAAGGAGAAGGACCAUUCUUGCUCUGAGGGAUUUUUUUAAAUGUUUAGUUAAAAAAACCUCCCCCAAGAAGACAGGAAUUUAAUGAUACAACUACGACCAUUUUAAGCAGAAAAGUUAAGAGCGACGGAAAAAAGGGGGGUGGGAGUGGAAAAGAAGAAGAAUCUGGUGAGGGAGAAAAAGAAUCAGCAGGUUGGGUUGGAUUGGAGCCUGUGUGGACUGAAAUUGAUGGAAAAUUGAAGUUGGAUAUUUUAUUUUUAAUUUAAUUCCUUAUUUUUAAUUUUGGCUUCGCUGCUGCAAUGAAAUAGUUUGCCACCCCCUGCCUUUUUUCCCCUCCCCCCUUAAACACUCGGAUUUCCAUCUGGAUAGUCUUCUGUGCAAUCUGAAAUACAAAUGACAACCAAAGAACUGCAUUCUUCAAUACUAACUGCACCGAUCAGGGGGCAAGGCUACAGUAUGCACAACUUUUCAAUCAGCGGAGGUGACCAAAGAAUCCACUGACAAGCUACAGACGAUUCAAACUCCAGGAGGACCAACACCAAAUAAAUUAUGAAUGUUGAACAAGAUGACCUUACAUUCACAGCAGAUAAUGAUAGGUCCUAGGUUUAACAGGGCCCUAUUUGACCCCCUGCUUGUGGUGCUACUGGCUCUUCAACUUCUUGUGGUGGCUGGUCUAGUCAGGGCUCAAACUUGCCCUUCUGUCUGCUCCUGCAGCAACCAGUUCAGCAAAGUGAUUUGUGUGCGGAAGAAUCUGAGAGAGGUUCCAGAUGGCAUCUCCACCAACACACGGUUAUUGAAUCUCCAUGAAAACCAGAUCCAAAUAAUUAAGGUGAAUAGCUUCAAACAUUUGAGACACCUGGAAAUCUUGCAGCUGAGUAGAAAUCACAUUAGAACCAUUGAAAUAGGGGCCUUCAAUGGUCUGGCCAAUCUCAACACUCUGGAACUUUUUGACAAUCGUCUUACCACCAUCCCUAAUGGGGCUUUUGUAUACCUGUCAAAAUUGAAGGAGCUUUGGUUGAGAAACAAUCCUAUUGAAAGCAUCCCUUCUUAUGCUUUUAACAGAAUUCCUUCCCUACGUAGGUUGGAUUUGGGGGAACUAAAAAGGCUUUCAUACAUCUCAGAAGGUGCCUUUGAAGGUCUAUCCAAUUUGAGGUAUUUGAACCUUGCUAUGUGCAACCUUCGAGAGAUCCCUAACCUCACACCACUCAUAAAACUGGAUGAGUUAGAUCUUUCUGGUAACCAUCUGACAGCCAUCAGGCCGGGGUCCUUCCAAGGGUUAAUGCAUCUUCAAAAAUUGUGGAUGAUACAGUCCCAGAUUCAAGUGAUUGAAAGGAAUGCCUUUGAUAACCUUCAGUCACUGGUGGAAAUCAACCUGGCACACAACAACCUAACACUACUGCCUCACGAUCUCUUCACACCACUCCACCUAGAAAGGAUCCACCUGCACCACAAUCCUUGGAAUUGCAACUGUGACAUUCUUUGGCUCAGCUGGUGGAUUAAGGACAAAGCACCCUCCAAUACUGCAUGCUGUGCUCGCUGCAACACACCUCCCAAUUUGAAAGGAAGGUACAUCGGUGAGCUGGACCUGAAUUAUUUCACGUGUUAUGCUCCGGUGAUAGUGGAGCCACCAGCAGACCUCAACGUCACAGAAGGCAUGGCUGCAGAACUGAAAUGCCGAGCAUCGACCUCCCUGACCUCUGUAUCUUGGAUUACUCCAAAUGGAUCGGUUAUGACGCAUGGGGCAUACAGAGUUCGGAUUGCUGUGCUCAGUGAUGGCACAUUAAAUUUUACAAAGGUGACCGUGCAAGACACGGGCUUGUAUACCUGCAUGGUGAGUAACUCUGUUGGGAAUACUACAGCUUCUGCCACACUGAACGUCACUGCACUGGACAAUGGUUACACAUACUUUUCAACUGUCACGGUAGAGACUAUGGAACCUUCUCAGGAUGAGGCACGGACCACAGAGCAGAUUGGGCCCACACCAGUUAUUGACUGGGAGACCACCAAUGUGACAACUUCUCUUACUCCACAGAGCACAAGGUCGACAGAGAAAACAUUUACCAUCCCAGUGACAGAUGCAAGCAAUGGGAUCCCAGGAAUAGAUGAGGUUAUGAAGACUACCAAAAUCAUAAUUGGUUGUUUUGUGGCUAUCACUCUCAUGGCUGCUGUGAUGCUGGUAAUAUUCUACAAAAUGAGGAAACAGCAUCACCGGCAGAACCACCAUGCUCCAACACGGACUGUAGAGAUCAUUAAUGUGGAUGAUGAGCUUACAGGUGAUACACCCAUAGAGAGUCACUUGCCCAUGCCGGCGAUAGAGCAUGAGCACCUAAAUCAUUAUAACUCUUAUAAGUCUCCUUUCAACCACACAACAACAGUUAACACAAUAAAUUCAAUACACAGUUCAGUGCAUGAACCGUUAUUGAUCCGAAUGAACUCAAAAGACAAUGUACAAGAGACUCAGAUCUAAAAUAUUUACAAAAUUGGGGGGAGGGGAAAUACAAAAAAGACGGUUUAUAAAACAAAUGACACAAAUGACUGGGCUAAAUCUACUGUUUCAAAAAAAGUGUCUUUACAAAAAAAAGAAAUUUAUUUAUUAAAAAUUCUAUUGUGAUCUAAAGCAGACAAAAUUAUGUGUAUUCCUCAAAACCUCUUUUUGCUGCACUUAUUUACCCCUCUUCCUCCUUUCUCCCUCCCCUACCUGUCCCAACCCCAUUUGCCAUAUUUUUCAUAGGAGAUCUUGAUUCCCUAAAAGAACUGGUAUAGGAAAUUUUAUAAGAAUUCUGUCAUACUUUGGGAAUUUUUAUGGUGAACUCUAGUGGUGAGAUUCAGUCGAUUUUGUCUCUUUUUUCUGUUUUAUUUUUUCUUUUCUCAUACCCUUCUUGAAAUGGUUCUACAGGGAAUGGAGCAUUAGCAGUAGAUUUGUAAGUGAGAAACAAGGAACAAGCAACAACAACAACAAAAAAGCAAAGUCUUUUUUUUUAUUUUUCAUGUAAUGACCUGUUCUGUAUUUACCAAGAGGACCAUUCUGUGGAAGAAGAAACAAAAAUCUAAGAAAUUAAUUUACUUGUGAACAUCUACAAAAACCACGAUCUUUUAAACAAUUCUAGAACCAGAAUUUGUAGUUCAAACACUAAAAUAAGAUUAUAAAUAAAAUAUUGUUGUUUUUUUCUGUA